UUCGGAAAGCUCAUCGUGUUUCUUCCCGUCGAUAACGUGCAUGGGAAGGUGACGCUUCGACAUGAUGACAAAAAGUGGAAAGUGGACGUGCUCGAGACCCAGCCAUCUGCUCGGCCCGCCGCCAUCACGUACAUUGGCUUCCUCAACGACGUUCGGUGCAAUAUGCGGGUUGGCCACGGCGGAUCUGUCGUCGUACUCACCUAUGUGCUGUCUUUCGACGAUCUGAACGAUUUCGACCCUUCGCCUUCACCUACCUCGUCUCCGAGCGAGGAGGCAAUCAAGCAUACAUUGAAGAAGGUUGUAGCGGACACAAGCGUGCUUCCGAACGGCGGAUACAUCGGCUUCGGUCUCCGCCACUACGUACCAGUCAAGAGGGGAGCAGACGCAAAGGCAUACAGCAACCUCCUUGUAGGCAAAGAUGCGGAACUGAAGCACGCGUGCGAGGCGCUCGGACUCGAAUGGCGCCUGACCGUCCUGUACGACUGCGAUGAG